UAAACUGGUCAUUGUAUUGUUAGACUCUACUGUAGAUACAUAUAAAGUGAAAAUAGUGGAGGUUAAAUAUUCUCACAUAUGAUUGGAAUAGUUAUUUUACUUAAUAUAUAUAAAAAUAUUAAAUACAGACUUUAAAAUGAGUAAAAUCAUGCUACAUGAGAUGAGGCCUAAAGUGGAGGGCUUCGUAGGUAACUAUGUGAGGGCCAUACAUGACUUCCAUACUGACCUUGCGGGCGAGGUCAGCCUACGUAAAGGAGAUGUUUUCAAGGUCACAGAGGUUGUAGACAAAAACUGGCUGCGGGGCAUUAACAAAGAAAAGGAAGGCAAUUUUCCGACAGACUUUGUUGAAAAAUUAUGCUUGCCACUUACCGAGAGAGGCCAGAAAGUGUUUGCUGCUACUGAAAAUUUUCCUGCUCAACAAGAUGGAGAUCUGGAGUUCACUAAAGGUGAUGUCAUAUUAGGGUUGGCACCUAUUGAUGACUUUUGGUGGAAUGGACAGUGCAGGGGUAGAAAAGGUAUAUUUCCAUUGACACAUGUCACAGAGCUUGAGGUCUCCAAACUUUUGAAAAGCAGGUCAAAAAGUGUGCAUUCUUCAGAACCUCUGUUUGCUCGAGCUCAAGUAGAUUCGGUUGGUCAGUUGGAUGAGGAACUUAGCUUCCAGGCAGGGGACAUUAUUACUGUAACGGAGGUGAUAGAUGAGGACUGGUAUCAGGGAGAGUGUCGUGGUAAAUCUGGAAUGUUUCUUGCCACAUGUGUUCAGUUAAUUAACGAGGAUGAAUGUAGCGCUAGUCCUCCAGCUGAGGGUAAUCAUUCUGGUGCUCAAAAUAUAGCAAUUAGUGACACAGUCCAAAUCAAAAGUGAUUAUUCCAGUCAUAAUUCUCAGUCAAAUGUACAUGUAGAAUCAAAUAAAAUAGUUCCAGACCAUUAUGCCACUAGUGGUACUAAUCAAACUUGCCAUGACAAACCUGUAGAUACAGGUGUAUCCUACACAAGUGAAAAUACCAAAGCUCAUAAUGAUUCUGAUACAGGUGUAACCCCAUAUGCUAGAACACUUUAUCCAUUUGUUGGAGAACUUGCAGAUGAGUUAAGUUUCGAUGCUAAUGAUAUUGUUACACUUAUUCAGCAUGUUGAUGAACAAUGGAUUGAGGGUGAAAUUGAUGGUAAAAUUGGACUGCUUCCUGCUAACUAUGUAGAAAUUGUUGUAGAUUGUCCAUAUGCAUACAAAAGUGAAGAUAUAUGUGUUAAUGAUGAAUCAAAUAUUGCAAGUGCACCCAUUGAUGUAAAUCAUAAUGGAAACAAGACAGGGGUUAGUUCAGGUGAAAAUGUUAAUGCUGAAUCUUAUAAACCAAAGGAGAUUAAUGAAGAAACUAGUUCAACAGAAGAGCAUUAUGGCUUGGUAUUAUAUGAUUUUGUUGCUGAAACAGCUCAAGACAUAACAGUUAAUGAAGGUGAAACAGUCACUGUGAUAAAACAAAUUGAUGAUAAUUGGUUGUUGGUAAGGAACGAAGAAGGCACAACAGGUAUGUGUCCAGGUGCUUUUAUAGAUAUAAUUGGAGCACCACCUGAAUUACCAUCUUCGUCACAUGAUGAUAAUUACAAUGUGAUUAAAACAGCCUCUGGUGAAGCUGCUAAGGAGGAACAUUCACCAGAUAAAAUGAAAAAUGGUAACAGAGAUUUUAGAAAACAUUCAUUUGAAGUCCAUGACAAGUCUUCUGUAAUAAACUCCUCAAAAGAAGAAGAAAAUGAGGCCAGCCUAAUGAAAAAGCCUUUGAAGGCAGACACUAGUAUUGCACAAAGUAUUUCUUCAAAGAAAUCCAAUAUGAGCAUAAAACCUGUGUUGAAACCAAAACCUGUAUUAGCACCAAAACCUGCUCUUAAACCAAAACCGUCUUUAAGUCCUAAACCAUGGGCUACUAGUUCCAGUCAUAAACCUGUAGCAUUUGAACCAACUUUCAGUAUUCCAAAAUCAACAUCUUCGCAAUCUCUGUCAAAAUGUGUAGAAAAUAGUGAAGCAGAUUCCCAGACUAGCUCGAUGACUAAAGCUCAGUCCAUGUUUGAAAUUAAUAACCAGUCAGAUUCUAAAUUGAUCCAAGAUACCAGUCUAAUAGAAUCAGAAGGAAGUAAUCAAGGAAGUUUAGGUUCCCUUACUACAGCAACUACAGAAAGAAGAAACUCCACAGAGUCAGACUCACAGUCAAAGAAAACUUUUGAAGACUGGGACUUAUCAAAACCUUUAGAUACUUUAUUGCAUAAUGAAUUUACAAAAGCUAAAUAUGAAGCAGAUAUUAAGUCAAGAAGUAGUUCUCUGCGUAGUUCUGGGUCAUCUGGGCAUUCUCAUAAAAGUAUACAUGAGACAGACGUGAAAGCUGUUGAUGAACCAGAUCGGGCUUUCUCUUUCCAUAGUUCUGUGAAAGGGAAUUAUUCAAGGGAUAAUUUUGAAGGUGGGCUGUCUGUUGGAAAUUCAACAUUUUUUUUAUCUGAAGAUACAAAUGAACAAAAACGAGGCCGACAUCUUAGAAAACCUCCGCCCCCACCGGGAAGAAGUAGUGUUAUCAAGGAAAGUAAUUUUGCACGUAAACCUUCAUUGAAGAAACCAGCCCCACCUAGACCUGUUGGUCCCAGAAUUGCGCCUGCUCCCUCAAAGGUUCCAAUAGUGCCAACCAGAACAGUCCCUGCAAAGACACUGCCAAGUCGUCCAGUCCCUGCACAGAUGGGUGCAGUACCUGCAAGACCUCAAGGAGCCCCAAGAAAACAUGGGAGACCAGCUCCACCGAGACCAGGGGCUACCCCAGCAAAACCUCCUGGUGAAGACUUGAUGGGGUUCAGUCCUACAAAUUCAUCUCUCUAUGUUGGGGAAGUGGAGGAGGACACCGAGGCUGUACAAGAAUUGAGGACGCGGAUCAAACAUCUAGAGACAGAUAUACAAGAUUUUGAAAAGUCAAAAGCAGAAUUACUGCAGAUGCAAGUAAAUAUUGGAGACAACGAAGACAAAGAAAUUCAUGAUAACAUUGAGUUCUAUGAAGAUAACAUAAAAGGUCUUAAAGAGGAGCUGAAAACUUUAAAAGAACAAUUAGCCAUUGAGAGUCCAGGAGAAAGAGACAAAAUGGAUGAAGAAAAGAGGAUUGCUGAAAGGAAAAUUCAGGAAGAAAGAAUGAAAGAAGAAAUGAAAAGGAAGAGAGAAGAACAGAAAGAAGAAAGGAAAGAGAAGAGAAUUAAAGUGAUAAAUGAACUGAUACAGACAGAAAAAGAUUUUCUUACAUCCUUGAACCUCAUCAUGGAGACUUUCCUGGGGCCAAAGGCAGAGAAGCAUAAAGAAGUUGAUGUAGUGUUGAUGUUUGGUAACAUUGAGGAAGUUGCUGAAGUGGCUCAGAAACUGCUGACAAAACUAGAAGAUGCUACAAAUGGCAAGGACUUCCCACAGCAAGUUAUAGGAACGUGUUUUGUGAGUCUGGCAGAGGAUAUGAAGAAUGUUUAUGCCCCAUAUUGCAGAAAUCAUGAUGAUGUCAUUACACUCAUUGAAAAGUAUAAUCAGAAUGCUGACAUCAAGGCAUACCUGGACAGAUUGUUGGAUAAACUGCGGGAGAAUCAUGUAGUAUUUGACCUGGAAGCCCUGCUGAUAAAACCUGUACAACGAAUUCUCAAGUAUCCACUGCUGCUCAAUGAACUCUUUAAGACAACAGAAGAUGAUCACCCAGACAAGAAGGAAGUGAUGGUAGCUAUAAAAUCUAUGACAGAUGUUGCUGCAGCCAUCAAUGAGUACAAACGUAGGAAAGAUCUAGUAUACAAGUAUAAGAAAGACACAGAUGCAUCUUUAGGUGAUAAAUUAUCCAAACUUAGUCUUCAUUCAAUCAAGAAAAAGUCGUCAAGGAUAAAGGAACGAUUUUCUGCCAACCUUGGAUUCAUUGAACAAACUCGAGACCCAAACUUCGACAAAGAGGAGACUAGGUACAGACACCUGGAGAAAACUGUCCGAGUGUUUAUUAGGGAUGUCCAGUCAUAUUUAGAGGAAGUUGAGAGUGUUGUGACCUGCCAGGAAAGUAUUACAACAGAUAUUGAAGAUUUCUAUGCAGAAAAAAGAGAUCUUCCAGAAGUAGAGAAAUACCAGAGCUUCUAUGAACACAUACAUAUGACAUUUCUACCAAACUUUAAAGUUGAGGUAGAUGAGCUGGUGGUAUUACCUCUUGGUCAGAUGACCCAGAUGUUUGAAGGUCCUAACAAGGUCAUACAGAAACGCUAUGAUAAACUCCUCGACUACGAUAACUUAAAGAGGAAAUGUCAAAGUGACAAGGUGUUUGAGAAGCCCAUGCAGUUAGCAAAACAGAAUUAUGAAGCACUGAAUGCUCAGUUACUGGAUGAACUGCCGAGGAUGUAUACUCUGGCAUGCCAGCUGUUCCGAGACUGUGUCGGGUCCUUUGUCAGAGCUCAGAGAGAGUUCCAUGAUAAAAUGCUGCAGCAGAUGUAUGCACUGCUAGAUUUGGGAAUGUUGAAUGAUGACAAUAUAAUAGAGGAAUUUAAUAUCAGACAUACCACAGUAGUUGACAAACUGGCCAUGCUGAGUUUCAUGCCGAAAACCUUCUCCCCUAGAGUUGCUGAUCAAAAACAGGACAAGAAAAAUAAAAGAAUGUCACUAGAUCCAACCAUGUUAAGAUCAACGGAUGCUGUACCUCAGAUUGAUAGUCAGAGGAUCUAUGUCACUCAGCAGUAUGCUGCCAACAAACUGUUCCGGGUCACAGAGACGCAUGUUGCCAUAGAUUCUUUAGAUAUUUCACUGUGUGAGGGAGAUGUGGUGGGAGUGAUUGUAGAAAAAGAUCCCAUGGGAAACAAAGAUAGGUGGUUUGUAGACAAUGGAGCUUCCAAAGGUUUUGUAUCAAAGAAGUUACUGGUACCACACCAGUCCUCACCAUCGAGACCUCAGUCAGUAGGUGGUAACCUGUUGUUGCAGCCGUCACCAUCAGAUGGUAGUCGAUCUCCAGUGUCACCAGGAGCUAGUCAUUCAUGGCAGGCUGGUCAUAGCCCAGGCAUCCAGUCUACAGGAAAUGGAUCAGUGUUGCACAGUCUACAGGAAGCAGACGACAUUGACUUUGCCCUAGAGGAAGAAAUGGUUCCAGAUAUAGGUGAUGUAAAUGAGGGAUAUGUAGAUGAUAAUGUAACAGCUAACUCCCCGCCUGUGGUAGCCUGGAAUACUGCUUCACAGCCAAUAAAUGAGGAACCUGAGCGGCUGAAGUUACCAGCUUUGUUUUAUGCAGAGUAUGCAUUCAGUUCACGCAAUGAGAAUGAAGUUUCGUUAUUUGAGCAUCAGGUUGUCACGGUGAUUGCUAUGCAAGAUCAGGAGGGAAAUCCAGAAUGGUGGUAUGUAGAAGCAGACGGUCAUUACGGAUAUGCACCCUCAUCUUACCUACGUAAAAUGGACGCUCAUGGUGAUCCUACUUGAGAAUUGACUUGGUUUGACCUUUUAUCAGUCAUUCUGACUACCAACAGCAGAGCAAUAAUACUUCCGAUAGAAUCAAAUACUUUUCCCAUCUGCUAGACAUGUUAAUGGUCUUUUGUGGAAGUUCCAAAUGCAUCUAGGUUUCGAUUGAUACAGUGAAUGGAAAAAAGUGAAGACCACAAGAACAUACUCACUUGCAUUACUUACGCAGAUUUGGACAUUUCAGUUUGUCUCAUGUUGCAAAAUCGUGUUUCAUUACAUUGCAUAUACAAAGAAAUUAUGAAAUUCAUUGUUCAGUUUUUCUCUUUAGUUGAUAAUUAUGAAUUCUAAUUAUGGUCAUUGAAACAGUUGUAUUUAUGAUGAUUUUAGUUAGCGUAUCAUAUGGGUUUAUUGUUUUUAUGUGUAUUUUGUAAAAUAUUUUACUGUAUUGUUUAGCAGUAAGGCAAUGUGCAAUGUUUGUUUUCAUUUACAUGAUAUCUAUAUUUGUGAUAAUUAUGUUUGUUUAUGCUUAUUAUGUCUCCCCCGACAAGUGUAGGGAGGUGUAUUGUUUUGCUCUUUGGCAGUUGGUUAGUUGACCAUUUAGUUUCUGAUUGAUAAGUAGAGAAUUUUUGGUCUCAGAAUGGACAAACAUCACAAGGUGAUUACCUGUGGUGAGUAGAUGAUACCUUAGCAUAUUUUGGCAUCAACAGGUCAAAGAUCAAAGACACAGUGACAUCUAGGCUGAAAACGGUUUCCACUCAAUGAUUAAAGAAUACUUUGGCUGUCAACCUUCGUAGGGUACCUGUAAUCGGUAUAUUACCCGGGUUUUUUUUAGGUCAUUUAGUCAAAGGCCAAGAUCACAGCAUAUGAAAUUGUAUACCCAUUUACCUCAGACAGGCCAUGUUGGGGUGCAUAUGUGUUCUAAAAACAGCUCUUACAACAUAUGUCUGUUACUUUGGCAACAGAUUUACGGCUUUAACUGCAUGGUGCUCUAGCUCUAUGAAGCUUAUAGAUUGAACUUAGUUAUAAAAAAUAAUCUGGCAGAAGUCCCCACACAAAGGGAGACUUCCCCUACAAUACCCUUCCCUCCGUAGGGAGAGCGCAGAUCUACAGAUUGCAGGGUUGUGGAUUUGAUCCCCAGGCGAGGCGUAUCUUUUCCGUGACGAUUUGAUAGAUGAUGUGUCUGAAAUCAUUCGUCCUCCACCUCUGAUUCAUGUGGGGAAGUUGGAAGUUACUUAUGAUGAACAGGUCAGUACUGGUAAAGAAUCCAGGAACACCGGUUAAGUUAACUGCCCAUUGUUACAUAACUGAAAUACUGUUGAAAAACUGUGCAAAGCCCAAAAUAAACAAAAAAUCAUACCUGAAAAUCAUGUAUUUGCUGCACAUAGAAAGAUGUUCUUGCAUUGUAAGUAAUGUAACUUUUUCUUUGGAGAUGCUCCUGAUUUAGAGGAUUUUCUUGUAUAUUUGUUUCUUUUUUUUUCUUUUUUUUACACAAAAAAAUCAAGCAGUUGAAGUUAUUGCAGUUCUUAUUCAGUAAGCUUUGAUGUGUGAAUGUUUUGCCAUAUUUAACAUAGAAUGAAAGGCUGUGCAGUUUUGCUUCAGAUUGAUCUUUUCUUUGUUGUUUUAAAUGUAUAAAAACAUAAACAGUAUAUUAAAUGGUGUAAAUUUGUUUUUUGGUUGAUAUUUUAAUAAACCUCUAUUUGUCAUUGGCAGAUAUCUAUUAAUGUUGUAUCUGUAAAUGGAUUGAAUAGCUUAAAGAUUGUUUUCUAAAUGGUGAAGAAUGAUGUAAAUGAUUUUUGUUACAUGUACAUUCCAUUGUUAUGUAAAGCAGGUCAAUAUAUGUUACAAAAAAAAGAGAUUGUAAUGAUUAAACUGUGAUAUCUGUUACAACAUAACUAUGGUAGCUGUUCAAAAUGCUAAACCUACAUUUUUGGUAGUUUGAAACAUUUUGCAUUAUUAAACAUUGGAUUUGAAUUGAUUUUUUUAUUAACUAAUAUAAUCAGAAAAUCUUAAUUAGGUCAUUAAGUAAAAUAUUGAACCAGGAUUGGCAAAAAAAAAGAAGAAAUAAAAGAGCAAACCUGUUCUAAAAAAAUGCAACUUCAGAAUUAUUAGCUUGACUAUAAGAAAGCAUAUGGAGACAUUUUUAAGUCCCCAAAACAUGUGCAUGAAAUAACAUUUUAUGUCAAAUUUUGGUUAUCUCAAAGUAAAAUGCUCGGUCCUUUGUAAUUCGAGAUACCAGGUUUCAGCUGUAUUUUGGAAAUUUAAAAAGUUCCUAUAACCACACUCAAAGUUCUCAAGAAUGAAUAAUAUAUAGUAUCAAUGAUAUUGUUACAUUUCUAAAGAGAAAUCAGAGAUCAGAAAAGAUAGAUCAAUCAAAAGGUUUAAUAUAUUGUAUAUCUUACAGGUUGUUUGGGAAAGAACAUUUUCUAAACAAAUUUAAUCUUUUAAAAUCAUUGUUUGGAAUGGUCCAUUGAUGGACUUAGAAAUAAUCACUGUUUAAUAUCAAGCCUUUUGGUAGAAAAAUGGGAUUUUGUUUAUGGCUAGAUCAGAUUGUACAGA